UUUGCUAAGCCUCCUUUUUUUUUUCCAUCUAAAAAUGGGAUAGUCAUACGAAUCUCCAAGUGGUUGUGAAGAUGAAAACAGGUGAAGUGCGAAAAAUACUUAGCAUGCUAUCUAGCUGGCACAUAGUAAGCAAUCAAUUGAUGUCAGUUAUUUUUUGAACAGAUAAUUCCCCAAAGAAGCACAAUUUUCUUAGAAUCAAAUACAAAAUAUAAUAAUAACAAAACUUUUUUCAUCAGUUACAUAAGGAAGGUUUUUUAAAGUGAUGUUACUUAGUGCAAAGAGUACUCAGUGAAGAGAAUGCCGUGGGCCAAGUGAGGGUACAACUUGAUACAAUCAUUUGGGAAAGCAAUGGAACUGUAUGUCAGGAGCUUCAGAAAUGUCAGUUACUUCAUUUCACAAAUGCACAUCGGAAAAUUUUCUUUGGGAAAUAAUCCUAAUGCAGAAAGGUGGUAUUGUAGCAUUAUUUAUGGCAGUGAAAAUAUUUAAACUUUUUAUAAUGGAAAUUUUUAACAUACACAACAGUAAAUUAGGUAAAUGACCCCCAUGUGCUCAUGACCCAUCUUUAACAGAGAUCAAUAUUUUGCCUAUCUUGUUUUUUUGAAAAGAUUUAAACCUACUAAAUGUCUAAAAACAGAAGAGUUGAAUAAGCUGGUGUACAUUUAUUUAGAGUAUUAUGAAGCUUUUAAAGUAAUUUGGAAUUAUGUAUAUGGUGUUAUCACAACUAUGAAAAUUCAAAAUUAACAUCCAGUCUAUGUGUAGAAAAACAGAAAAAUGAGUACAGUAAAAUAUUAACAAGUUUCUGUUUGGUGGUGGGACUGUGGAUGAUUUUCUCAUUUUCUAUUUUUAGAAACUUUAUAAAUAAUCUAUAAAAAUUAUAUAUUGUUAUUAUAACAAAGAAACAACAAACAAAACCUAUAAAUCUUGCACCUGAACAUGAUAGGUUAUACCUUUUACCGAGAAUAGCUUUAACUCUCCUUGAUCUAUUUUAGCAACCUACAUUUACAUGAGCAUUCUUGUGUGCCAUUUUGUGUUAGUGCUUCAUAUUGAGCUUAUGGUCAGCUAACACAUUCAAAUCUUUAACCAACCAUCCUCAUGUGUAUGCAAAGAAGCCUUUUUACACAGAUGUCCUUAGAGAUAAUAUGGAUCAGUCCAGAGUUCUCCUCUGGGUGAAAGCAGAACCCUUUAUAGUGGGUGCCUUACAGGUCCCUCCUCCAUCCAAGUUCAGUCUUCACUACCUCAGGAAGAUUUCCACCUAUGUGCGAACCCGGGCCACAGAGGGAGCUUACCCACGCCUGUACUGGUCAACCUGGAGGCACAUUGCAUGUGGGAAGCUGCAGUUGGCUAAGGAUCUGGCGUGGCUUUACUUUGAAAUAUUUGAUAGUCUUGCAGUGAAGACACCGGAAGAGCGCCUGGAAUGGUCUGAGAUUCUGUCCAACUGCACAUCUGAGGAUGAAGUUGAAAGGCAGAGAAAUCAGCUUUCAGUGGACACCCUACAAUUUCUGCUCUUCUUAUACAUACAACAGUUAAAUAAAGUCUCCCUGAGGACAUCUUUGAUUGGAGAAGAGUGGCCUAGUCCCAGAAACAGAUCUCAAUCUCCUGACCUGACUGAAAAAUCCAGUUGUCAUAAUAAGAACUGGAAUGAUUACAGUCACCAAACGUUUGUCUAUGAUCAUCUGUCAGAUCUACUUGAGCUGCUUUUAGAUCCAGAACAACUCACUGCGUCAUCUCAUUCGACUAAUAGUAGUCUGGUCUCUAGAGAAGCUGUGGUGGCACUCAGCUUUCUUAUUGAAGGUGCAGUGAGGAGAACCAGGAAGAUAUACCCACUUCAUGAGCUUGCACUGUGGCAACCACUACAUGCAGAAAGUGGCUUCUCAAAGAUCUCUAAGACCUUUUCUUUCUACAAGCUGGAAGCCUGGUUGAGAGCCUGUUUGACUGGGAAUCCAUUUGGUACCUCUGCUUGCCUCAAGUCUGGAAAGAAAUUGGCUUGGGCUCACCAAGUUGAAGGGACGACCAAAAGAGCUAAGAUUGCUUGUAAUACUCAUGUGGCCCCUAGGAUGCACCGCAUGGUGGUGAUGAGCCAGGUUUACAAGCAGACAUUGGCCAGGAGCUCAGAUACUCUGGUGGGGGCACAUGUAAAGAUUCAUCGUUGCAACGAAUCUUUUAUAUAUCUGCUCUCUCCCUUACGGUCUGUGACAAUUGAGAAAUGCAGAAAUAGUACCUUUGUCCUCGGCCCUGUACAGACUGCUCUUCACCUCCAAAGCUGUGACAACAUUAAAGUCAUUGCCGUUUGUCAUCGUUUGUCCAUCUCUUCUACAACAGGCUGCAUCUUUCACAUUUUGACACCUACACGCCCACUUAUUCUCUCUGGGAACCACACAGUAACUUUUGCCCCUUUUCAUACCCAUUAUCCAAUGCUGGAGGACCAUAUGGCCAAAACUGGCCUUGCUACGGUGCCUAACUAUUGGGAUAAUCCAAUGAUUGUGUGCAGAGAGAACAGAGACACAAAUGUCUUCCGACUCUUACCACCUUGUGAAUUCUAUAUAUUUAUUAUUCCCUUUGAAAUGGAAGGGGACACAACAGAGAUACCUGGGGGUCUUCCAUCUUCAUAUCAGAAAGCACUGGGUCAUAGAGAACAGAAAAUACACAUCUGGCAGAAAACUGUGAAGGAGGCUCGUUUGACAAAAUUUUCAAUAAACAAAGCUCUAAAAGAAAUAGAGGAUAUCCUUUUGACUCAUCUCCUGCAAGUUUUAUUGAAGAAAAAAAAGAUAUUUGGGAUUUCAAGGUGGCUGCUUUCUAGAAAACCAAAUUUACCGUGUAAGAGGACCAUUUUUAUUUUUUAUUCUGAAAACUUUGGCUGAGUUUUGGUGUCUUGA